AUGACUGAGCAUAUCUGUGCUUCGCUGGUCCUUACCAGGGGCCCUGAGGGGCUUCAGCGUCGUUUGCCCGUCCGACUACCCCUGAGCGGCAAACCAAUCACCAUCGGCCGGGCCAUCGAUAACGACGUGGUUUUAGAAAUGGAUUUGAUUUUUUCAUCGCAGUGGCACUGCCAAAUGUUUGCACAAAAGUGUGAGCCUGAAACAAGCGAAAGGGUUGAGGAAAGGGAAGCCGCCAGCGAUCCGUCCCGAUGCGAAGGACGGCACGUCGACUGCGAGGGUCAAACGGAAAUCCCGGUGAAGGAGCAAUACAGUCUGUGGCUUGUUGAUGUGGGAAGCAGUAACGGAACAUUUGUUAACGGCAUCCGAGUCGCGUCUUCCGCUCCGACACCUCUGCACCAUGGCGAUGUAAUCGUGUUGGGAGGGAUGCGCGAUGUAGAGGUGGGUAAAUCACUUCCCAUGGAAGACCUCCCUUUAGAGAUUGUCACUUGGCGCGUCGCUAUGGAGGGCAAAAGUGAAGAAGGAUUCGGAUUCGUGGCUACCCCGCCGGUUUUUCUCAGUAUGGAGUUUGUUAUUUCUCAGGCAAGGCAACGAGCACUGGGGGCACUUCAGGAUAGCCCUGAUCCAAAAGUUUCCACCACUUCCCCAUUGAAGUUGCCUUUGAAGAGGAUGAGACAUGAGCAGGAGACCGGGAGCAAUAAACUUUAUGACGACGGCGACGUAACUCCCAAACGUCGGAUUCGUGAAGUGAGUUACCCGUCUGGAGAAGAUCGUAGUGGCGGUGAGUUGGCGAGACGAAGCGGAACCGUCGCCGCAUACCUCGACCCUAAUGAAGCCAAUGCCUGGGAAGUCACGACGAAUUCCUCUUCUGACGUCGCCUCCACGACCGGAUUGCCGUGCCCCUCCUCAAAAGCCACCGCAAGUAGGGGUUAUUGCAACUCCGAUGCACUUGCCGAACCAACUAAGGAAGAUGCCAGAGAAACGCGGGUUGCACCUGCAGUAGCCAGGGAAACCGUACAAUAG